AUGCCCGAAGCAUACCACGCCCACCCAGACUACGGCUACCCUCGCGACUUCAAGGGCUACGGCGAGAAGGGCCUUGCCUGCCCUUGGCCCAACGAUGCCAAGAUUGCAGUCUCAUUCGUCAUCAACUAUGAAGAGGGCGGCGAACGCUCAGUCCUGGCCGGUGACGGCGUCUCCGAGACCAACCUGCGCGAGAACCCCAUGGGCCCCGCAAAGUACAACGAGCGCAACUACAGCGUCGAGUCGGAGUACGAGUACGGCUCCCGCGCAGGCUUCUGGCGCCUCUUCCGCCUCUUCAACUCGCGCAAGAUGAAGUUCACCCUCUACGCCGUCGCCCAGGCCGUCGAGGAGCAGCCCGAGGUCGCGACGCGGUGUGUCGAGGAGGGCCACGACGUCGCCUCGCACGCCUACCGCUGGAUCGAUUACCACGACGUCCCCAUUGAGACGGAGAAGGAGUAUAUUCGCAAAUGCAUCACCUCGCUAAAGUCGCUGACGGGGUACGCGCCAAAGGGAUGGUACUACGGCCGCAACUCGCCGCACUCGCGCACGCUGGUGCCGCAGGUGUACGAGGAGAUGGGCGAGGCGCUGGUCUGGGCGAGCGACACCUACGCCGACGACGUGCCGUACUGGAUCGACCUGCCCACGGAGCGCGACAAGGCGAAUCCCCAGGGAUGCUUGAUGGUGCCGUACAGCUACGACUGCAACGACUUCAAGUUCCACGUCACGGGGUCCGGGUUCCGCGAUCCGCAGGGGUUCUACACGCACCUCAAGAACGCCUUUGAUGUGCUGUACGAGGAGGGCCAGGAGGGGACGCCCAAGAUGAUGACGAUUGGGCUCCAUUGUCGCAUUGUCGGGCGGCCGGGGCGGUUGGCUGCGCUGAGGGACUUUGUGGAUUACAUUGCGCAGAAAGAGGGCGUUUGGGUUGCGACGAGGACGGAGAUUGCUGAGGCUUUCAAGGCCAAGUAUCCGUAUAAGAAGGGGCAGUUGGCGUGA